GAUAUCCUCCGGAGCAAAGUAUUUCACUCAGCUUUCCAUCUCUCAUCCUCUUCGAAGGACCCUCUCUCCCUUUAAUCAGUUCUGAGAUGGAUGAUGUUUCUCUCAAUAGUGAGCCAGUUGGUGAUGAUGAUGUUGAUGAACUUGAGAUUGAAGGAGAUUGUGCAAUGACAGAAUACGCAAGUCAAACUGGUAUAAUUCAAGGAGAGAAUCCACUGCCUCCUGUGGUUGGAAUGGAAUUUGAGUCUUAUGAGGAUGUAUAUUACUUCUACAAUUGCUAUGCCAAGGAACAAGGGUUUGGUGUCAGGGUAAGCAACACGUGGUAUAGAAAGAGCAAAGAAAGAUACAGAGGCAAACUUAGCUGCAGUAGUGCAGGAUUCAAGAAGAAGAGUGAAGCAAAUCGGCCAAGACCAGAAACUAGGACAGGGUGUCCAGCAAUGAUAAAGUUCAGAUUGAUGGAAAACAAAAGGUGGAGGAUUAUAGAAGUUGAGCUUGAUCAUAACCAUUUGAUUAGCCCUGCGAGUGGAAAGUUCUAUAAAUCGCAUAAACAGAAAGGCCUUGGUACCAAACGAGCACUACAGUUAGAUGGUGCUGAAGAGGUACAAAAGAUUAGGCUUUUCCGAACAGUGGUAAUUGAUGCCGAGGGCAAUGGUCAAGCAGAUGUUAAUGAUGGAGAGUCUGGGAAUACUCUUAACCAAUCAAACCAGUUGAGGCUUAAAGAGGGAGAUGCCGAAGCUGUUUAUAACUUUUUUUGUCGCUUGCAGUUGAUGGAUCCAAAUUUCUUUUAUGUGGUAGAUCUCAAUGAGAAAGGAUGUUUAAGAAAUUUAUUUUGGACUGAUGCAAGAUCUAGGGCUGCAUAUGGAUACUUUGGUGAUGUGGUUGCAGUUGACACCACAUGCUUAACAGACAAUUAUGAAGUACCACUGGUUUCAUUUGUUGGAGUGAAUCAUCAUGGGCAAUCUGUGCUGUUGGGUUGUGGUUUACUUGCAGGUGAGACCAUUGAAUCGUAUAUAUGGCUGUUCAGGGCAUGGCUUACAUGCAUGCUGGGACGGCCCCCUCAGGCAAUCAUCACUGAUCAAUGUGGAGCCCUGCAAACAGCCAUUGCAGAUGUUUUCCCAAGAGCAUCUCAUUGUCUUUGUUCAUCACAUAUAAUGAAAAAGGCUCCUGAGAAACUCAGUGGAUUGUUUGAAUAUGAAAUGAUUAGAAUGACAUUGAACAGAGCUGUUUAUUGCUCACAGAGGCCUGAGGAAUUUGAAGCUGCCUGGGAUGAAAUGAUCCAACGCCAUGGAAUUAGGGACCAUGAAUGGAUUCAAACUCUAUAUGAGGAUCGCAAACGGUGGGUUCCAGUUUAUUUGAAAGAGGUAUUUUUGGCAGGGAUGCUUCAAAUCCAGCCAAAUGAGGUUGUGCCAUCCAUUUUUGAAGGAUAUCUAGAUAAAGGUUCUCCUUUGAAAGAAUUUUUGAGCAAGUAUGAUCAAGCUUUACAUGAAAAUCAUCAGCAGGAAGCCUUGGCAGACAUGGAGUCCCAAAAUUCAGGUUACAUGCUGAAAUCAAGGUGUUAUUCCGCAUUGCAGCUCUCAAAAUUGUACACAAGUGAGAUGUUAAGGAAGUUUGAGAGGGAGAUAGAGGGAAUGUACAGGGUGUUUUGCACAAGGCAAAUAAGUUAUGAGGGGCCAAUCAUAACAUACAUGGUCCAGGAACAAGUUGAAGUAGAUGGAGACAGAAGGGAGACCAAGGACUUCGAGGUUCUGUACAAUGCAAACGAAAUGGAUGUUCUUUGUGUCUGUGGUUUGUUUAACUUUAGAGGAUACCUGUGCCGUCAUGCUUUGAGUGUCCUUAACAAGAAUGGCAUAGAGGAGAUCCCACCCCAGUACAUUCUAUCUCGGUGGAGAAAAGACAUCAAGCGGACUUAUGUUCCAAAUCUCAGCCAUGGCGGUAUUGAUAUAAAUAACCCAGUUCACAGGUAUGAUCAUUUGUACAAAUGCAUCGUGCAGGUUAUUGAGGAAGGAAGGAAAUCACAAGAUGGCUACAAGGAUACCCUUCAAGCAUUGGAUGAAAUUUUAAGCAAGCUACAUCUUGUAGAUGGUCAUUUGUAAAGACCUGGGGCCUUUUUAUCCGGCGUUCUGUCUGUGUUCUAUUUUUUUCCAUCUCUUUAUAAUCACUAAAACCAAUAACCUGGCUUGCUGAAGAGAAAAUUACAUCAUAAAUUUAAAGAAGAAAAAAAAAUCAUAAAACCAAUAAUGAAGAGCUUAGCCGAGC